GUUUGACUCUAUUAUAAGCAUUGAUUUAUAUAUUCUUUGAGUAUAUUUUUAUUCUUAUGCGAGUAUUCAUGAGAUGUAUUGAAGGUAUAAAAAGUUUUCUUAAAAUAAUUGUUGUCGUGGAAAAUGUUGGACUCAUAUACUCAGGCCCUUAGAAGAGAUAUCAGAUCUGGUAUAGGAGUGGUUGAGUGGAAUCUUUUGUGGAGGAAAUGGAAGUUUAAUAACGAGUCAGUGAUCAGUAUAUUCCGCAAAACGGCCGCAAAAAAUGCCGACAAAAUUGCCAUUAAGGCUGUGGACCAGAAUUGGACGUUCAGACACUUGGAUCAGUUCUCCAACAAAAUCGCCAAUUAUUUCGUAUCGAUUGGCUUGAAAAGUGGCGAUGAAGUGGCGCUUAUGAUGAAUAAUAAGCCAGAAUUCAUAGGCAUUUGGUUAGGUUUGGCUAAAUCCUUUUAUCGUCUAUUGGAUAACUACUCCAAGAAUAGUCUGGAUGUUUACCACAAAAGAAACUUUAACGACCCUCUCGUCUAUAUAUUCACUUCGGGCACAACCGGUGGUAAACCAAAGGCUGCCAUCGAGACCGACGCCCGGGUGUUGGUAGGGGUGAGCGGACACUACAUCGGGUUUAAGGUCCGAAAAAACGAUAACUUUUACGUCCCCCUACCCUUCUAUCACGCGUUUGGCGGUGUCUUAAUAUUUGGGGUAUAUAUUGGCGAGACGUGUAGGUAUUUGCUGUCACAACCGCCUAAACCAGAGGACAAUAAACACUCGAUUAGAGCGAUGUGUGGCAUAGGGUUGAGGAAAGAGUUUUGGAAUCAAUUCAAGACUCGGUUUGCAAUCAAACAUAUCUAUGAGUUUUACGGCGCCUCUGAAGCUAAUGUCUAUUUGGUGGAUUCUGUCACAUAUGAGCCAAUUCGCAAUCGCAAGGGUUUGUGCAAAAUGAUUAGACCUGGUGAAAUUGGAGUCAUCGUGGGACUACAUAACAAAAUCAGUCCAAUUCAUGAGUUCAAAGGAUAUACAGAUAGAGAACAAACUAAUAAGAAGUGGAUAUUCAAUGUUAGAUCAGUGGGUGAUUUGGGAUUUAUGUCCGGAGAUCUGGUGGAAAUGGAUAAGUUUGGGUACAUGUACUUCAAGGAUAGGAUUGGAGAUACGUUUAGAUGGAAAGGAGAAAACGUGUCGACAACAGAUGUGGAGGCAGUCCUACAAAACUAUCUAAACCUCAAAGACUGUACUGUUUUCGGUGUAAGUGUUGGUCAGUGCGAAGGCAAAGCAGGAAUGGCUGUUAUUAAUGCCAAUUCAGAUGAUAUAGAUUUACAACAAUUAGCUCAACAACUUACCAACCGUUUGCCCUCAUAUGCCAUACCUUUGUUCAUAAAACUGACCACAAAUAUAGAAGUGACUGGAUCUUUCAAACUAAUCAAAUAUAAACUACAAAACAUUGGAUAUACUCCUCAAUCAAGUGAUGACUUGAUUUAUAUCUUUGAUAAAAACCUCAAUAAUUAUAAACUCAUGACAAAUGAAACAGCGACUCUCAUAUUCAGCGAAGUCUACCUGCGAUUAAAGAGAUGUGAAUUAAGUAACGAAUCGGUGAUCAGUUUGUUUCGACAAACUGUCAGAAAAAAUGGUCACAAAAUUGCCAUUAAGUUUAAUGAGCAAAACUGGACGUUUACACGACUCGAUCAAUUCUCCAACAAAAUCGCUAAUUAUUUCCUAUCAAUGGGUUUGAAAAGUGGCGACGAAGUGGCUCUUAUGAUGGAUAAUAAGCCAGAAUUUAUAGGCAUUUGGUUGGAUAGUGUCAAUGUAUUAGACAAACAAAACUUUAAGGACACACUUCUAUAUGUAUACACUUCGGGCACAACUGGCGGCAAAAUUAAGGCUACCAUUCAAACUAAUGGCCGCUUUAUUGGUGGUCUCAUCGCAUUUGCCACUAUUUGUGGAAUCAAGAAGAAUGACAAUAUCUAUGUAUCCCAACCCCUAUACCACGCAUUUGGUGGCUGUUUAGGUGCAGGCUUUUGCUUAAUAAGUGGUAAUACAAUCACAAUCGCUAAUAAAUUCUCGGCCUCACAAUUCUGGCACAAUUGCAUUAAAUACGAGUGCACUAUUGCUCUAUACAUCGGUGAGAUGUGUAGGUAUUUGUUGUCACAACCGUCAAAACCAGAGGACACUCAGCACUCGAUUAGACUGAUGUGUGGCAUAGGGUUGAGGAAAGAGUAUUGGAAACUAUUUAAGAGUAGAUUUUCUAUCAAACGGAUCGUUGAAUUCUACGGCGCCUCUGAAGGCAAUUGUAUUUUAGUAAACAUAGACAACAAGGAGGGCUCCUGUGGUUUUAUUCCCUACUAUUACGGGCCAUUCCUUAGACUGUUUUACACGGGAUAUCUUAUAAGAGUGGAUCCGAUCACUGGUGAACCGGUUCGCAAUCGGAAGGGUUUGUGUAAAUGGAUAAAACCGGGAGGGAUUGGCGUGUUUGUGGCCGAACACCAAAAGAAUAAUGUUAUGAAAGACUUCUUGGGAUAUACUGUGGAAGAAGAUCGACAAAAGAAGUUAAUUCAUAACAUUAGGUCUUUCGGAGACUCAGGAUUCAUGUCCGGAGAUCUGAUGGAAAUGAAUAGAUUUGGUUAUAUUUACUUCACCGAUAGAAUGGGGGAUACUUUUAGGUGGAAAGGAGAAAAUGUGUCGACAACAGAUGUGGAGGCAGUCCUACAAACCUAUAUAUCCCUCAAAGAUUGUACAGUUUUCGGUGUAAGUGUUGGUCAGUGCGAAGGCAAAGCAGGAAUGGCUGUUAUUAAUGCCAAUUCAGAUGAUAUAGAUUUACAACAAUUGGCUCAACAGUUGAUUAAACGUUUGCCUUCAUAUGCCAUACCAUUGUUCAUGAAAUUGACCACAGAUAUAGAGGUGACGGUGUUGGUCUCCCUAUUGGUGGCCAAUGCGGCCGCACUGUUGCUUAACAUUAACCGAUGGGUAGGCCUGGGAUCGGCUGUUGGCCUCAUACUGUAUAUUGUUUUCUAUUAUUGGCAGUCAUUGAGACUAUUUUUGCUCACAUUUCCUCGAGAUAUGAGAUCCCUUUCCCACACCACUCCAAACUUGUAG